AUGGCGUAUGGAGAUAUACGCACUACGAACAAUACGGCUGAGUAUCGUGGACUCCUACAUGGCCUCAAAUACGCGAACAAAUGUGGGCUGAAGCCGCUACAUGUUGUCGGCGACAGCAUGAUGAUCAUCAAACAAUUGGACGGACGGCGACCGCCUCUUGCUGCGCAUCUUGCGAGACUGUACUGGCACUGUCGGGUGCUAGCCGACUACUGUCGAGUGGAGACAUGGACACACCACUACCGCACCUACAACUAA